AUGCGAUCUGGGCAACUAUUGUGGUGGCACAUGGGAAGGACUGAUCAAGCACUUGGACUAUAUACAAGACAUGGGCUUCACGGCUGUUGGUACCAGAGUCUUUCGUUUCCACGAAUACUGACUGGCGGACAGGNUGUGGAUUUCACCCGUAGUGAAAAAUCUGAAUGCUUCUACAGCCGAUGGGUCCAGCUACCACGGAUACUGGGCACAGGACAUCUACGCAGUAAACACCAACUUCGGUUCCGCGGCAGAUCUAGUAUCACUGUCAGACGCUCUACACAAAAGAGGGAUGCAUGGAGCUUUNGCUGGGAAGGCGACAACACUGUAUCAUUGCCCGACCUUCGCGUAGAAGACUCGAAUGUGCAAGACAUGUGGGCAACAUGGAUCAAACAGCUAGUUGCAAAUUACACAAGUAAUAACCCACUCGCCCUUCCAAAACAUCAAAAAGCUAACCCACUCCAGNUCGACGGCCUCCGCAUCGACAGCGCAGCCGAAGUAAGCAAACCCUCCCUAAAAAACUUUGAAACAGCAGCCUCCAUCUAUGCCAUUGGAGAAGUCUUCAACAACAACGCCGACUAUGUCUGCGGCUAUCAAGACUCCAUCUCAGGCCUGAUGAACUACCCAAUGUACUACAACAUAACCUCCGCCUUUGCAUCCACUUCCGGCAGCAUCAAAGCCUUGGAGCAAGGCAUCAAUAUCAUGAAAUCCACCUGCAAAGAUGUAACUCUACUAGGCUCUUUCCUGGAGAAUCACGACAACCCACGCUUCCCCUCAUUGACUUCAGACAUGAGUUUGGCAAAAAACGCAAUCGGGUUCGCAAUGUUGGCAGAUGGCAUCCCUAUCGUCUAUCAAGGUCAAGAACAGCAUUUCUCUGGCGCAUCGACACCAGCACAACGCGAACAGUUGUGGAAAUCUGGAUACGAUAAAAAUGCCGUUUUGUACAAACAUGUCAGCAAUUUAAACGCUAUACGCACACUGGCCAUACAAAACGACGAUGGGUACUUGAGCUAUAACGCGUAUCCGGUGUGGACGAAUGACCAUAUUAUUGUGAUGAGGAAAGGGAAUAAUGAUACGCAGGUUAUUGGUGUGUUUAGCAAUUUUGGUGCGCAAGGCAGUGCGAAUUUUACGUUGUUGGCUACAAGUUCGGGGUUUGAUGCUGGGAUGGAGGUUACGGAUGUGUUGGCUUGUGACAAGUUUACGACGGAUGGGAAAGGUGAUUUGGAGGUUAAGAUUGAGGGUGGUGAGCCUUUGGUUUUGUAUCCGACCAAGCAGCUCGAGGGGAGUGGGAUGUGUUGA